CGGAGUCCCGCCAUGCGCGUUGCGCGGCUCCUACCUCUGCUUCUUCUGUUGGGGCCGCAGCUCCGGGCUGCUGGUGUCACGGAGCCGACUCUACCCACCGUGGUCCUUGCCAUCCUGGCCCGCAAUGCUGAACACUCUCUGCCCCACUACCUGGGUGCGCUGGAGCGCCUGGACUACCCCCGGGCCAGGCUGGCCCUCUGGUGUGCCACAGAUCACAACGUGGACAACACCACAGGGAUGCUCCAGGAAUGGCUGGCUGCUGUGGGUCGGGACUAUGCGACUGUCGUCUGGAAGCCUGAGGAGGAGGCCAGGUCCUACCCAGACGAACAGGGUCCCAAGCACUGGACCAAAGAACGGCAUCAGUUUUUGAUGGAGCUGAGGCAGGAAGCACUGGCCUUUGCCAGGGUCUGGGGAGCUGACUACAUCCUGUUCGCAGAUACAGACAACAUUCUUACGAACAACCGGACACUGAAGCUUCUCAUAGAUCGGCAGCUGCCGGUGGUGGCCCCGAUGCUGGACUCUCAGACCUAUUAUUCCAACUUUUGGUGUGGGAUCACUCCACAGGGCUACUAUCGCCGCACGGCUGAAUACUUCCCUACUAAGAAUCGCCAGCGCCAGGGCUGCUUCCGGGUCCCUAUGGUCCACUCUACCUUCCUGCUGUCCUUGCAGACUGAGGAAACAGCCCGGCUGGCCUUCUACCCGCCUCAUCCCAACUACACCUGGCCUUUUGAUGACAUCAUUGUCUUUGCCUAUGCCUGCCAGGCUGCUGGGGUCUCGAUGCAUGUGUGCAAUGACCAUCGUUACGGGUACAUGAAUGUGGCAGUGAAGCCCCACCAGGGCCUGGAAGAAGAGAAGACCAACUUUAUCCACCUCAUUUUGGAAGCACUAGUGGAUGGGCCCCCCAUGCUGGCCUCAGCUCAUGUAUCUCGGCCCCCAAAGAAGCCCAGCAAAAUGGGGUUUGAUGAAGUCUUUGUCAUCAGCCUGGCCCGCAGACCCCAGCGCCGGGCUCGAAUGCUGAGCUCUCUCUGGGAGAUGGAGAUCUCUGCCCAGGUGGUAGAUGCUGUAGAUGGCAGGACACUCAACAGCAGUAUCCUCAAACACCUCGGUGUGGACCUGCUCCCUGGCUACCAAGACCCCUAUUCAGGCCGCACACUGACCAAGGGUGAGGUGGGCUGCUUCCUCAGCCACUACUCCAUCUGGGAAGAGGUGGUUGCCAGGGGCCUGGCCCGGGUCGUGGUGUUUGAGGAUGAUGUGCGCUUUGAGGACAACUUCCGGAGGCGGCUGGAACGGCUGAUGGAGGACGUGCAGACUCAGAAGCUGUCAUGGGACUUGAUCUACCUUGGCCGGAAGCAGGUGAACCCUGAGGAGGAAGUGGCUGUGGAGGGGCUGCCUGGUCUCGUGGUGGCCGGGUACUCCUACUGGACACUUGCGUACACCUUGAGCCUGGCAGGCGCUCGCAAACUGUUAGCAUCCCAGCCUCUGCAUCGCAUGCUACCUGUGGAUGAAUUCCUGCCUGUCAUGUUUGAUCGCCACCCAAACGACCAGUACAAAGCAUACUUCUGGCCUCGGGACCUCCAAGCCUUCUCAGCUAAGCCUCUGCUUGCCUCCCCCACCCACUAUGCGGGAGAUGCAGAGUGGCUCAGCGACACAGAGACAUCCUCCCCCUGGGACGAUGACAGUGGUCGCCUCAUUAGCUGGACUGGCUCUCAAAAGACCCUUCGUGGCCCCCACCUGCACCUGACUGGCAGCAGUGGACACAGCCUCCAUCCUCACCACAGGGAUGAACUGUAGGUGAGGCUGGACCUAGAAGAGGACCAGUCCACGGCCCAGGCUUCCCUUCUCAGCUCUCUCCUCCUG